AUGGCUGACGAGCAAAGUACUCAAGUCGUUUCACAUGGACGCGGAGGGCAGGGAAACAUCGCUGCUGACUCUACAAAGUGCGUUUUGAAAGAUUUUACUGCCCCAGAACGUCGUGGAGGAAUAGGAAAUAUAGGGUCGCCUAAUAUCCCUCCUUCUCGAGGCCGACCACACGAUGUGGAUGUCAUUCCACCCUCAGCGGUGAGACAGUCUUCCGGGACUGAUUAUCAUGUCGGCCGAGGAGGUCAAGGAAAUGUAUGCAGUGAACCGUCCAAGCCGUAUUGUAUAUAUUGGAGAAAGAUUAGAGGCUAUUACAGGGCAAAAAAAGAUAACGGGGGUCUUUGUAGAGUACAAAAUAUUGCGGGAACGCAACGUAACGUAACGUAA